GACCUUGCACCCAAAGAGGAUAUCUAUACCGGAUUGUUGGUUAGAUCACCAAUUUUAAGUAUACAAAAUGAAGUUAGAACUAUCAAGCUUUUUCCAGACUGUGUCAUUUUUCUCGUCUUCCUGGCUACCAUUUCAAUUUCAAUUCCACAAAAUAUUUUUAAGGGCACUGUUAUAGUAUCGGGAACCAUGCACUCCAUCGCACUUUGAAGGCGAUUUCCACGUCCUGUCAGGCAAACGAUUCAAAGGCAGCUAUAAAGUGACAGUAACGAAAACUGGGCUUCCACGUGUCUCGAGCUGCUGCCAAACUAGCAAAUGUUGACCAGUGCCAUCAACUUUCUAUCCGAUAAGAGGAAGCGAUUUCAAAGGUCAGACACCGUGCCAGUUUUUGAAACAGAUAGGGCGUUUGGGAAAAGCAAGCAAUUUGUCAGUUUGUUCCGUGAAGUACAUAGCAAAUGCGACAACAGUGCAUUGGAAAAAACAGGGAUGCCCUGCCCAUCAGCUAAAAUGUCACUUGUAUCUGGGUCAUUAGAAAACCUGGCGACGUCGACUACUACAGAUUGUGUAUCCGUGAAACAGCAUGUAGCAUUCAUAGAUGAUAUGGACGAAGAUGGACACAGUGGAUCCUAUUUGGGUGGAUUGCCGAUGAACCGGUUUGUGCAUUUUCCUGAACACUUAUCUUCACCGGAGCAGAUGAAAAUGGAACCGGUAAAUGAGACCGAAAUAUUUAGGAUGCCUAACACAAUCACUUAUAGAGUCAAAUCAGGGGAGAACGAUAGUGCAUUAUUUCAUCCAAGUUUGGAAAACUGUUUUCGUCCACUCGAAGAACAGAAGUCUAACAAUUUUUGUUUGACUCCACUAUCGAUGGUCCCUAACUCCACCAGCAGUGUAAAACUUCAAAACAAUAUGCUUGUGCCACAACAUCGGGAUAAAACUUACCGAAGUGCAAAAUUACAACGGUCCAAGAGUAGUGCACAAAUUCCAAUUACUGAACAGUCAAUGCAAUCCCAGUCAGAAAGGCCGCAUCGUGUCCGAUCCAUCAGCAAUCAAAGAGAACGAUGCACUGCUGACAGCUUUGAUAUGAAUCGGGAGCGAUUCACUGAUCAGAGAAGGAGACGUAGAAAAGGUGGCAAAUAUUGGGCUAACAGAACUCGUCGUUCGCGUUCUGUUAACACUAUUCGGCAGCAUAAGGUCUCAAAUUGCCCAGAUGAAUCAGAACAAACUGCCUCCUCAUUCCAGCUGACCAUGAAAGGCACCUGGGAUAACUACUAUAAAAUUCGGACUAAUGAAUGCUCAAACAUUUUACAAAGUGGAACCGAAUCGUUACCGGGGUUCAAUGGCCACUUUAAAGACGACUACUCUAACCAGCCGCUGGAUUCACAUUGCCAUAAAUCAAAUAAGCUACCGAAGAAAGUACUGCAUACUGCGGACUCACAUUCACAUUCUAACAGUGACAAGUAUGCACCUGUUCGGAGGCUGCGUCGUAACAACUCCACUUUAAACUGGUACAAUAGGCCAACACAUCAUGCACUGGAUGCAUCUCAAUACGUGCCAACCAGCCAGACGGCCGGUGACCUCUUCUUACCUUCAACAACUGUAAAUAAAAACCGGCCAAAUAGUAGAGAGUUGCCGGCAAACUUUUCAACCGCGUUACUCCAACUCUUCUCACAUAUCGAAAAUAAUGAUCUCAACCAGAUCAUGGCCAACUUUGAACAGUACAAGCAAUUGAGUGCUGAGCUUGAAGCUAAUAACUACAACAGCUGUAAUUCAAUGGGCCUGCACCCCCUUGACGUUGCGUUAUUGACAAGUUCGCCGCAGAUAAUCCUAUGCUUAAUGGCUCUGGGUUUUCAACCGGGACCAGUGUUUACUAUCGCAUGGCUUCAUAGUCCUGAAAGUCCUAGCCCAAAGGAUCCUCUGAAACUCUAUCUAACUCGUCAGAUUCGCGAAGCAGAGUUUGACAUAAUCACCAAGCGAGCAGAGUUAGAGGUUCUUGUAAUGAAGGCAAAUGAAUUGUCCCAAGAAGAAGUGGAAGGUAACCAGGAGAGUAACUUGGUGAAAUCAGUCUAUGAUAUAGGUGUCAAACGCUCAUUUGACGAGGUUACAGAUAAGGAAGGUGAUAUCAAGCAAUCCAUAGCCAGUCAUGAUAGACUGAUUGCAUGGCAGAAAGGCAUAUACAGAUUUCCCCGAAAACCAAUACCCCCUGGUAAAGUAAAAGUUAUAGUCGUUGGUCCUUCCUCCAUAGUCGUCCGUAUUUCCUCUGUUGGUACAGCAACCAAGCAAAUGCAACCUUACUGCGAUCCAAAUAACAUUAAACAGAUGCAAGAAGAUAUUGAUGCUAGCACCUCUGGCGAAUCUGAAUCCGAAGAAGAUGCCAUCAGUUUAAGGGAGGGACGUAGAGCACCAACAUUCACCAAAGCAGACUGUAGUAAGAUUUUGCUUGCUUACAGAAUCGAAUGGUCAACUUCGCCCGUAUUUACUGAAAAUGAAUCACAUAGUCAAAACGUGCAACUACCAGUGCGAUUAUCUCCCUUACAACAUUUGCACUCAUCCAUUACCGCUCCACAUGACAAAAUCAUUCCCUCUUAUCGCACUGCAUUCUAUGAGUUAGCUGGACUUGAGCCAGAACGAACAGUAUUCGUAAGGGUGUAUUCCGUUGCUGCUAGAGGAUGGUCCAAGCCAACCUACGCUGAGCCGUUUGGGAUAGCUCCCUCAUCCUGGUACGCUGCAACAAAGACGGAGGUAGCAAAGGUCACUGAAUCCCAGAGCAGUCAGACUCACUCCAUUGCUUUUGUUCAUCCGGUACGUUACGCUGGAAAACUUCUAGAUAGGGAACUGUACUCUGUAAAGCAGCUACUAGAUCAUCAACUCCUUCAAUGGAUAUGCGAACAGUCCACAAGCGCAACAGAUGCAUCUAACCCUAAUCACGGCGCGACUGACGAGGGUGGAAAACGUACCAAAUCUCCUAUGCUCCAAAGAAAGCGUUCAUUUCGCUUUCCUUUUGCGUCCAAAGGUAUCAAAUUUGUGCGACAAACAAAAUCUGGUCUGUAUCUUGCACUUCUUUGUCAUACUGUAAAAAGUUUCACAGACGACAACGAAGAGCAAAUCAAAUCACGCCAAAUUGUGACAGUGGACGACAGUCUACCAAUGUUAUGCAUUACUCGGGAAGAAUAUGGUUCCAUAUCUGCGCUAAGCGGCGACUUUCACUGGUUUGCAAGGUUAGUAGCGGAUCCAUCAGUGGGUCCCGACUUACAGAUUAUUAGCGAAAAUCUUUUGCGAAACCCAGCCCCAACGAAUUUGCAACUCCGAUUUAAACUUCUAAGCACAUUGCAACAACUCCAACUCGCUCUUGGAAGCAGCGAUGUUGGCUCACUUUAUCCUGAGUUGUUUCAGGCCAAGCGUGUGUUGCCAGAAGUUGAAUCAUUGUCAGUUACUCCGGAAUACCAAAGUGUGCUGAUGAAAUUAGAGGAAUGUGCAACUCCAGAAUCUUGUACCGCAUUAGCAUCUGUGGAGUCAGGAAAUCACUCAUCAUCCUCUGCUAUAUUAGUUCUGGUUAAGCGAGUUAAUGUAGCAGUCGAAAGCUCCUUUACGAGUGGUUUACGGUGGAGUUCGGUGCAAAAAUUUCUUCGUCAAAACAAGGUCAAUCCGGAAAUGCUCUCACAGCUUAUUUCCAACGCAGACACCAGAUUAACACCGAUGGCAACUGACGCCGAACGAGAAGCUAGGGUAUCCGUUGUGAAUGCGUCUAAAAUCGAAGCAAGCACAGCUAGUCCCGAAAUAAAUUUGGUUGCACAUCUUAGCAAUCUUUUAGCUUCAUCUGAUAAGGAAUUCAAUACACUGGUCCCUGGACUUUACAUUGUAUUUAUACAAAUGAAGGCGCAUAUGGAUCAACAAGCCAAAAUUCUCGUGUCGAAAUCUCUCAACCAUCCUUACAUGCCUCCGACAGAACGUGUGCGACGUAGAACCCAUGUCACUCGUAAAGAGUGGGAAGCGAUCUGGCUCGCCGUAUCACCUCCAGUAAAAAUAGCAUCAGUGGAAAAGAGCAGCCUGAAGUUUUGCGCUAAGCUUUAUCGGGCCAUGCACAAACUGGCAACCAGGUUAGGUUAUUCGGAGGAAGAUCAUGAACAACUAAGGUUGUAUUUAACGGAAGUUGUGCAAAUCUCUCCGCAUCAUUCCUUAAUUUUGAUUUUUCCAUCAAUUGAUCGAGUGUGCCUCCCCCCUACUGCUAAUGAUCCUACUCCUCCUGGAUGCGCGUGGUGUUCUAUGGCGUUUUUCGAGCGUCAUCUUGGAAUUACCUAUGAUCCCAAAUUCCAUAGACGAGCCUACACUCUGUUAGCAAUGUUAGAACUGCUGGUGCCGAUCUCCAACUUCAUGCAAAGGCAGUGUAUCAGUGAUAGCGAAUGGACAAAGUGCUCAGAAAGAACCAAUGCAUUGCAAUCGUUGUUACAAACUGUCGACGCGUUACUCUCCGAGAAACGUUGGUUAAGUGAUGCCAUUGGGACAGCUAGAGAUCGAAAACGGAUUUAUCCCGCAACCCUAAAUAUGGGUGAAAUGAAACGAUAUCUGGAACUCAGUGUAGCUUCAAAAUUGAAGGAAGAAAGUUCCGUAGAAUUAACAAACAUUGUUAGCGAAAAAUUAGUGGAAGAAACUAAAAAAUAUAGUACUAUGUCAUCGGUUGACAGUUUGGUAAACUCACUGAGCGCAAAAAUACGACGACACACGGAUGAGACCUUUUCUAACGGGACAGAAAAUGUGAGGUUGAAAGGAAUAGAUAUUGUAACGAGGAGUGCCCCUAUCUCUCGUGGUGACGAGAAACCGGCAAAUGUUCUCCGAAUUUACGUAGAGUAUCCGACUGGUCUACCUCAUGGCAUAUGUGUCAGAGUUUCCGCAAAAUUAACCACUACAUCCAGAGACAUUGUUGAAAUGACUGUACAUCGCGUGGCACAAACCGUGAAGCAAAAGAGUUUGCUACAGAACCCCAGAUGGUUAAAUGAACAUGAGUGUGGCUCUUUUGUGACCCCUGAUUUGUGUUGUCUAGUUGUGAAUUUGGGUACAGUGGAGCGAAAAUUGCUUAGUACCGUAAGGCCUUUGUUGUUACAACAUCCGUGGCGCUCGGGGAGAUUUUGUGUGCGUUUGAUGAAAAAUGUACACUCCAGUAUCACGAGGACUAAUUCUCCAGUUAAUGUAUACCUAGCUGCCGCUCAAAAUGCGCAGAUAUUGAAUACACAGCCCAUGUUUUACCCAGUGAGAACAUACAAAGCUCGCAUUACUGAAGUGCUUACUUCCUGCAUAAUGGCCACCAUUUCCCCACCGCCUACAGUAUAUGUUAAUGGGCUACCAAUACAAAACCAUGACAACAGGAAUUGUUGAUCGACCAGUCCACAAUGGGGCAAUUGAGAGCUAUUCCAUGCCUCCUUCCUGCUACUGCCUUUCGCAAAACCUUCUCUUUCUGCAGUUGUUCUAUCCACAGGAUAAGUUUUACUUCAUCCACAAUUGCAGAUAAUUUGUUGCAGUUUGAUUCUAACUCACGGUACCGACUAAAACCUACAGAAGAUAUAUUUUUGAU